AUGCAGAAGUCUCGGACCAUUCAGUCGGCCCUCGGGUCGCGGGCUUUUACCCCCAUCCCGCGCGUGCAGGUUCAGUUCCAGCGCCGCAACAUCCAGGACGUUGCCAUUUCCCGCACCGGUCGACCUAUCCUGAAGGUCCAGGGUGGCCGGUACCUAACCCUUGCGCUUCGAUCCUACCUUUCGUCCACAAUGCUCAUUCAAUUCCAGGUCACACUGCGACUGUCUUCGGUGCCACUGGCAUGCUCGGUCGCUACAUCGUCAACCGCCUUGGGAUGCAAUGUCGUGAUUCCUUACCGAGAGGAGAUGGCCAAGCGUCACUUGAAGGUCACCGGUGAUCUUGGACGUGUUACCUUCCUUCGCAUCGCCGAGGCUGUCGCCAAAUACGAUGUGGAUCGCUUCAUCCACGUUUCAUCCUACAACGCCAGCCGCGACUCGCCCUCCGAGUACUGGGCCUCCAAGGUUGGUUGA